UCAGCUCUUUGCUGGCCAGACUGUCAGAGCCAAGUCACCAGAAGUAGUGGAAAAUACAGCGGAGCGUGUGAGGAGCUGAACUUGGGCAGAGAGCGCCGGCGGAUUUGCUGCUCUCUCCCUCUCCCACUCUGCAGCCGCUUCCCAAUCCAGGCUCCGGCAUGAAGCCGCCUCUAACUUACCUUCUGCUGGGGCUGAGUCUUUCCCUGGGAGUCAGAGGACAGACGUUUGCAGGAAGCUGUACCUUUGAUGAACCAUUCAGUGAUUGCGGCUACACCCAGGGAAUGGAAGGUAGUGACCUUGACUGGGAGCAGAUCAACACAAUGGUGAAGCCUUCCCUGGAUCCAUGGAUACCAACAGGAUCCUUUAUGAUGGUUAACACCUCUGGACAACAACUAGGACAAAAAGCCCAUCUGCUGCUGUCGAAACUGAAAGAGAAUGACACACACUGCAUCGAUUUCCAUUACUUUUUAUCUGCCAAGGACGGGGCCAACUCUGGGUUACUAAAUGUUUACGUGAAGGUCAAUGAUGGUCCCCUGGGGAAGCCAAUCUGGAAUGUGUCUGGAAUGGCAACAAGAAGCUGGAACAGAGCCGAGUUGGCCAUCAGUACUUUUUGGCCCAAUUUCUAUCAGGUUAUAUUCGAAGCCGUGACAUCAGGCCAGUCUGGGUACAUCGCCAUAGACGAAGUGAAAAUCCAGGGACACCCAUGCACCAAAUCUCCUCAUUUCCGUCGCCUGCAAAAUGUGGAAGUUAAUGCUGGGCAGAAUGCGACUUUCCAAUGUAUGGCCAAUGGACAGACCACUUUCUCUGACAAACUGUGGCUACAGCGACUCAGUGGGAAGGACACUCCCAUGAAGGAGACCAAGGUGCUGAAUUACCGUCGAUUUGUAGCAACUUUCAAUGUGGCGAACACCGUGCGGAGUGACACUGACCACUAUCGCUGCGUGAUUGAAUCCCAGGGAGGCUCCGGUGUUUCCAACUAUGCCGAGUUAGUUGUGAAAGAUCCGCCGACUCCAAUAGCUCCUCCUCAGCUCAAUUCUGUCGGGGCGACAUAUUUAUGGAUCCAGCUGAAUGCCAACUCCAUUAGUGGCGAUGGGCCCAUUAUCCAGCGGGACAUCGAUUACCGCAGCACGAGUGGGAGCUGGACAGACAUACAGCCAGUGGACAGCCAUCAAUACAAAAUUGGCCAUUUGGACCCUGACACUGAGUAUGAAAUCCGAGUACUUCUCACCCGCCCUGGGGAAGGUGGAAGGGGAGCUCCUGGCCCUCCUCUCAUAAUGAGAACAAAGUGUGGAGAUCCCAUGCAUGGGCCGAGGAAUAUAGAAGUUGUGAAGAUUAAGUCCAAACAAAUCACAAUCCGUUGGGAGCCUUUUGGUUACAAUGUGACCCGUUGCCACAGCUUUAACCUUACUGCUCAAUACCGGUAUGCAGUGGGAGGUCAAGAGCACGUGGGUGAAGAGGUCUGCCAGGACACAGGACAUAUUCAACCACAAUAUACCCUGCGCGGUCUACCACCUUACACUAAUGUAAGUGUGAAACUGGUCCUAAUGAACUCAGAAGGAAGAAAGGAAAGUGAUGAGCUUGUGAUCCAGACAGAUGAAGAUGUGCCUGGUGCAAUCCCCAUAGACUCAGUUCAAGGAAGCACCUUCGAGGAGAAGAUAUAUCUACAGUGGAAGGAGCCAAUAGAAACAUUUGGUAUUAUCACACUUUACGAGGUUUCCUACAAUGGCAUUGGUUCCUUUGAUCCUGAGAUUGACUUAUCGAACCAAAGUGGCCGAGUGUUCAAGCUGGGAAAUGAGACCCACCAUCUAUUUGUGGGUUUGUACCCAGGGACCACCUAUUCAUUCACUAUCAGUGCCAGCACUGUCAAAGGUUAUGGACACCCUGUCACCAAGCAGUUUACCACAAAGAUAUCAGCACCAUCCAUGCCAGCAUAUGAUUAUGACGCACCACUGAACCAGACUGACAGCACAGUGACUGUUCUGCUGAAGCCUGCUCAGAGCAGAGGAGCCCCAGUCAGUGCCUAUCAGGUCAUUGUGGAAGAGGAACACCCACGCAGAAGCAAGAAGGCCACUGAUGUCCUGGACUGCUACUUUGUCCCCAUCACCUACCAAAACGCCUCGAUUUCAGACUCCCCUCAUUACUUUGCUGCAGAAUUUCCACCAGAUGCUCUUCAAAUAGCCCAACCAUUUAUUGUUGGAGAUAACAAGACCUACAGUGGCUACUGGAAUGCCCCCUUACUCCCUCAUAAGAGCUACAGCAUUUAUUUCCAGGCAGUGAGCAAAGCCAAUGGGGAAACCAAAAUUGACUGCGUCAGGGUGGCCACAAAAGCUGCGAUAAUUGUGACUCAGCUUACAACACCAUACAUUCGCAUCGCCCCUGCUGCAGGCGACAACCAACUAACAGGAGGUGCAACUCGCAAACCGAGCGCUGAAGAACCAGAAAAGCAGACAGACCACACUGUAAAAAUCGCUGGGGUUAUUGCUGGAAUUCUGCUGUUUGUCAUCAUUUUCCUUGGCAUAGUUUUGGUCAUGAAGAAAAGAAGAAGCUCCCAGUCCUACACUUAUUAUCUGAAACUGGCAAAGAAGCGAAAGGAUACCCUGAGCAGUACCCGUCAGGAGAUGACUGUGAUGGUCAAUUCAAUGGACAAGAGUUUUACUGAGCAAGGGACUAACUGUGAUGAGGCAUUCUCCUUCAUGGAUACCCACAAUCUGAAUGGGAGAGCCAUGUCCUCACCGUCUUCAUUUACUGUGAAGACAAAUACACUGAAAAGUCCAUCUAUGCAGAAUUCCUACUACCCAGAUCCAUUCGUGCCAACUGCAAUAUUAGAUGAAAAUCACACAGUCACCAGUGAGGCCAGCAACCUGGGAAAGCCACAUCCCUAUAAGAAGCGAGAGCCUGUGGAUGUACCUUAUCAAACUGGGCAGCUUCAUCCAGCCAUACGUGUGGCAGACCUGCUGCAGCAUAUUACCCAGAUGAAAUGUGCUGAAGGCUAUGGAUUCAAAGAGGAAUAUGAGAGUUUUUAUGAAGGACAGUCUGCCCCAUGGGAUUCUGCCAAGAAAGAUGAAAACAGGAUGAAGAAUAGAUAUGGGAAUAUCAUUGCUUAUGAUCAUUCUCGGGUCAGGUUGCAACCAUUGGAGGGAGAUUCAAACUCUGACUAUAUUAAUGCAAACUAUGUGGAAGGCUAUCACAGACCAAACCAUUAUAUCGCCACACAAGGACCAAUGCAAGAGACUGUCUACGAUUUUUGGAGGAUGAUCUGGCAAGAAAACUCAGCCACCAUCGUCAUGGUUACAAACUUGGUGGAAGUUGGAAGAGUGAAGUGCUGCAAGUAUUGGCCCGAUGACACUGAAAUUUACGGAGACAUUAAAGUAACUCUCAUUGAGACAGAGCUGCUGGCCGAAUAUGUGAUAAGGACAUUUGCAGUAGAGAAGAGAGGUGCUCAUGAGAUUCGAGAGAUUAGACAGCUCCACUUCACUGGAUGGCCAGACCAUGGUGUUCCAUACCAUGCUACAGGACUACUGGGCUUUGUACGGCGGGUAAAGACAAAGAAUCCAGCAGGUGCUGGCCCUAUUGUGGUACAUUGCAGUGCUGGAGCAGGAAGAACAGGUUGCUUUAUGGUCAUUGACAUCAUGUUGGACAUGGCGGAUAGAGAAGGGGUUGUUGAUAUUUACAACUGUGUCAGGGAACUCCGCUCACGCAGGGUCAACAUGGUCCAGACAGAGGAGCAGUAUGUGUUCAUCCAUGAUGCUAUCCUGGAGGCCUGUUUGUGUGGAGAUACAGCAAUUCCAGCCUCUCAGCUCAGGUCUGCAUAUUAUGAGAUGAAUAAACUGGAGCCACAGACUAACUCCUCACAGAUAAAGGAGGAGUAUAGGACUCUUAACAUGGUGACCCCAAACCUACGAGUGGAGGACUGCAGUAUAGCACUUCUACCACGAAACCAUGAGAAGAAUCGAUGCAUGGAUGUCCUCCCACCAGACAGAUGCCUCCCAUUCCUGAUCACAAUAGAUGGCGAAAGUAGCAACUACAUCAACGCUGCCCUAAUGGAUAGUUACAAGCAACCUUCAGCUUUCAUUGUUACUCAACAUCCCUUACCGAACACUGUGAAGGACUUCUGGAGGCUCGUGUUAGACUACCACUGUACUUCAAUCGUCAUGCUCAAUGAUAUGGACCCUGCACAGCUGUGCCCCCAGUACUGGCCAGAAAAUGGUGUCCAUCGGCAUGGUCCCCUCCAGGUGGAGUUUGUAUCUGCUGACUUGGAGGAAGACAUUAUCAGCAGAAUAUUCCGAAUUUACAAUGCAUCCAGGCCUCAGGAUGGUUACCGAAUGGUUCAGCAGUUCCAGUUUCUGGGCUGGCCUAUGUACCGUGACAAUCCUGUCUCAAAGCGUUCCUUCCUGAAACUCAUCAGGCAGGUGGAGAAGUGGCAGGAGGAAUAUGAUGGUGGAGAGGGACGCACCGUUGUACACUGUUUGAAUGGUGGAGGGCGCAGUGGAGCUUUCUGUGCCAUCAGUAUCGUGUGUGAGAUGCUCCGACACCAGCGAGCAGUUGAUGUGUUCCAUGCUGUGAAAACACUGAGAAACAACAAGCCCAAUAUGGUGGACCUGCUGGAACAGUAUAAGUUCUGCUAUGAAGUGGCAAUUGAGUGCUUGAAUUCUGGUUGAUGCAAGAUCCAUGGCAUCUCAUGAGGCCCCUCCCGUCCACAUCCAGAAAACAACGCGCAGGCUCCUGGUAAACUAUGACAAGAGAGCUAUAAAUCAGUGGCCAUCAGUUCUACAAGCCAAUGCUUCUCUUUGUUUUUAAUUCCACAAACUGGGUCCCUUCUGGGAUCUCAGAGAGAGACUGUAAAAAAAAAUCUGCUUGCACUGCCAAACAUUUACUUUAAUCCAGCAGCUCUCCAUACUGCAGCUGUUUGAUAUUUAAAAGGAAAUUGGUAUUCAUACUAAAUGUAUACACAUUACUCAGAGCAUUGUUAGUUAGCUGGUGUAACUAAAGAGCACAUUUUUGUUUUAAUGCAAGAUAUUUUACUGGCAGUCCAGAGGAGUUGACUAAUAUUCAGGAGUGAAAAUUAGGAAUAGGCCAUUGACCUUAGCUGAUGUGUCUUCUUGGCUCUAAGUACAAUUUUCUAAAAAAACUAUUCCAGACCUUGCCAGCAUUAUGUCUGUAUCCCAUUUAUCUCUCACUUACUGGUUUGGAGUCUCUCCAUUUUUUUGCCAUGCAAAAUGAUCUGAGAUAUUCUGCAAUCAAUGUACUUAGUGCCAUUUUAUUCUGUUAAUGAAUUAAUGAACAAUUCCAUUGAUUAAAAAAGUUGAGACUUAGAA